CUCUUAUCAGUGUGCGUGUCUUUAGUUCCUGGUUGUGUGAGGGACGGCUUGAGAAGUAACUGUAUAUAAGAGCUGGUGUUUCUCCUGUUCAGCACCUCCACACAGGACGACUGAAGCUACUGACGCUGACAAGGAAGAAGAGAAGAUCAUUCUGCAGCAGGUAAUCAUCAUCUUUGACAUCUGCAUCAUCUCCACCAUGAAGAUGCUGACUGUGUCUGCCCUUCUUUGUGCCUUGAUGGCUCUGACCACAGCUGCUGCAACAAGGGUAGAUGAAGAAAUUAACUCACUGGAGGGUCAAAAUGUCCUUCCAGCUCUUCCAGGCACAGAGGAUGAACCUGGGACAGAGGGAACUAUUGUCCAAGCUCUUCCAGACGCAGAGGCCGGAAAUUCUACCGACUUAACAGCAGAGGGUCAUGUUGUCAAGAGGUCCACACCUUGUCCCGGUGGUUGGACUGAGCUCUACGGUCGCUGUUUCCUCUACGUUCCACGAACCAUGACUUGGCCUCAGGCUGAGAGAAACUGUCUGGUCUUGGGUGGAAACCUUGCAUCUGUGCACAACAUUCAGGAGUACCGUGCGAUUCAGAACAUAACAGUGAGGAUCACUCCUGAUCAGAGAGAAGCAUGGAUUGGAGGGUCUGAUGCAGAAGAGAAUGGAUUUUGGUUAUGGAGUGAUGGAACGGGUUUCUACUUUUCUAACUGGUGUCCUGGAGAGCCUAUUAACGAUCGUUGGCAGAACUGUCUACAAAUGAAUUAUUCAGCACCUGCACACAGGACGACUGAAGCUACUGACGCUGACAAGGAAGAAGAGAAGAUCAUUCUGCAGCAGGUAAUCAUCAUCUUUGACAUCUGCAUCAUCUCCACCAUGAAGAUGUUGACUGUGUCUGCACUUCUUUGUGCCAUGAUGGCUCUGACCACAGCUGCUGCUCUUCCAGGCGCAGGGGAUGAACCUGGGACAGAGGGAACUAUUGUCCAAGCUCUUCCAGACGCAGAGGCCGGAAAUUCUACCGACUUAACAGCAGAGGGUCGUGUUGUCAAGAGGUCCACAUCUUGUCCCGGUGGUUGGACUGAACUCUACGGUCGCUGUUUCCUCUACGUUCCACGAACCAUGAAAUGGGCUCAGGCUGAGAAAAAUUGUCUGUCCAUGGGUGGAAACCUUGCAUCUGUGCACAACGUUCAGGAGUACCAUGCGAUUCAGAACAUGAUAGUGAGGAUCACUCAUGAUCAGAGAGAAGCAUGGAUUGGAGGGUCUGAUGCAGUAGAGAAAGGAUAUUGGUUCUGGAGUGAUGGAACGCCUUUCUACUUUUCUAACUGGUGUCCUGGAGAGCCUAAUAACUAUCGUGGUUGGCAGAACUGUGCACUUAUGAAUUAUUCAGGUCAGAAAUGCUGGGAUGACAUGUGGUGUGAUCAUCAGUUCCCAUCUGUCUGUGUUAGAAAGGGCUGAUAAAGGCAUGAAGUACCUGUCAAAAGCACAAACACUGAUCAACCUGUGUUUGUGUGUCUGCUUGGAAACUCGUCUCUCUUUACACCACAGUCUCAUAUAUAACCUGAAGGCUUUAUAUCUCAUUUCACAUCUUUAUUCUUCUCUAUCGCUGUAACACUACUGAAGGAACGAAGCAACAAGUGACAUGAACUGGAGCUGGAUUGUCUCUGAGGCCUCUAAUAAGGGCAGACUGGAUGUGUUAUGAAAAGAAUGCUUUAAGCACAACUUUAUUCUGCAGAGUGAACUGUUCUUUCUUUGUCUUGGGCAAAAUUAAAAGUCUCAAGCAUUGAAACAA